AUUUCAUUCAGAUAUAGCGACCUUCCGGCUGACCUCGCCCUCAUCAUCUUCGAGUAUGCGGCACAACCAACCUUUGCUCAAUAUGCCCCUUACACAAAUGACACAUACUCAUCCGCCCUUUCACUAUGCCAGGUCUCAAAAAUUGUCAGGCGCACCGUGCUGCCUGAACUUCUGCACACUGUAUCAUUAUCGGAAGCUCGCCACCUACUCGCUUUCGUACAGGCUCUGCGUAUGCAGAAAAAAUACAUCGAUCAACAAGAUGAUCUGGCUUUUGAUUACGCACCUUGCGUGCAUAGGGUGUCGAUCGGAGAGUUUCGAGGGGCUGUGCGAGACCCAGCCGUUCCCUUCUUUCCCCCUUCUAUGGCUAAGCUUGACUGGGAGUUCGAUAUCAGUCUACUAGCUCCAGUGGUUCUUGGCGUAUCGUCCCUCGCAAUCAACAUCGACAGUAUAGAUCUACUUUUAAAGUGCCUCAAAAAUGCGUGUAACUCCGAUGUCGACUUAGAUGUCGACCACAAUAAUUCCACGCUUCCCUGGAGCACGAGAAGUUUGACGUUAUCUGGUUAUGUCACUCAUUCAUGGUGGCCCUUCGUGGACUCUAAUCAUGGUCAUGCUUUCCUUGCUUCCAUCCAACACCUCACCCUACUCUUU